UAAGAAAGAGAGAAGGGAAAAAUUAUGUACAAUGCCGUAUUAUAAUUCUGCUGAUAUAGUGAAAGAUUUGAAGAGAAUUUUGUCUAACCCAAACGUACAGUCGGACAGGUUACGGUAUAGAAAUGUAAUUCUCCGGGUAAUUAGGCAUAUGACUGAAGGAGUCGAUGUUUCUCCCCUCUUUAUGGAAAUGGUUAAAGCAAGUGCAACAGUGGAUAUCGUUCAAAAGAAAUUGGUGUACCUAUACAUGUGCAUCUAUGCAGCUAGCAAACCAGACCUAGCUCUCUUGGCUAUCAAUACUUUGCAUAAGGACUGUAGUGACCCCAAUCCAAUGGUCCGUGGGCUAGCCCUCAGAAGCAUGUGCAGCCUCAGAAUGCCAGGUAUAACGGAAUAUAUUCAUCAGCCAGUCCUCAGUGCCCUGAGAGAUAAAGCGUCUUAUGUCAGAAGGGUAGCAGUUCUUGGAUGUGCGAAAAUGCAUGCUCUACAAGGAGAUUCAGAAAUAGAUGGAGCUCUUGUGAAUGAAUUGUAUAGCAUGCUUCGGGACCAAGAUCCGAUAGUAAUGGUGAACUGCCUGAGAACACUUGAAGAAAUCCUGCAACAUGAAGGAGGAGUUGUUGUCAACAAACCUAUUGCAUAUCACCUCUUAAACAGAAUGGAAGAUUUGGACCCGUGGGGCCAAAGUGAAGUUUUGACUGUUCUGUCUCGUUACAAGCCCCGUAGUGAAGAGGAGCUUUUCGACAUCUUGAAUCUUCUUGACAAGUUCCUUAAAAGCAGCCAUCCAAGUGUUAAUAUGGCAACCACCAAGCUUUUCUUGAUCUUUACCAAAAACUUUCCACAUGUACAGGAGGAUGUAUUGGUAAGAGUGAAGGGACCACUGUUAAACAUUUGUUCUUCAGAAAGUCGAGAACUUUCCUUUGUUGCUUUGUGUCACAUCAAGCAAAUCCUGCAUAGCUUGCCUGGUCACUUUAGUGCCCACUACAAGAAAUUUUUUUGUACCUAUUCUGAACCUAAUUAUAUCAAGUAUCAGAAAAUGGACAUUUUAUGUGAGCUGGUCAAUGAUGAGAACAUCCAGCAUAUUCUGGAGGAACUUAAGGGCUGCUGCACAGAUGUGUCACCUGAUGUCGCCCAAGCAGCUGUUUUAGCAAUAGGUCGUAUUGCUCAAACUUAUAAUGAGAAAUGCAUUGACAUAUUAACUGGCCUUCUGGGUUUAAAUCAAGAAAACAUCACAUCAGCUGUGGUUCAAACAUUCCGAGAUCUGGUGUGGCUGUGUCCUCAGUGUACAAAAACUGUCUGUCGAGCACUGCCUGGCUGUGAAGAUAUUAUCCAGGACAGUGAGGGAAAGCAAGCUUUGAUAUGGCUUCUGGGAAUGCAUGGAGAUGAGAUUCCUAAUGCGCCUUAUAUCCUUGAGGAGUUUGUGGAUAAUAUCAAAACCGAGUUAUUUCCGUUAGUGAAGAUGGAAUUACUGACUGCAAUGAUGCGACUGUUUGUUGCCCGCCCAGCUGAAUGUCAAGAUAUGCUGGGCAGGCUUCUCUAUUAUGUCAUAGAGGAAGAAACAAAUAUGGCUGUAAGAGACAAAGGACUCCUUUAUUAUCGGCUUCUUUUAGUUGGUAUUGAAGAGGCCCGACAAGUAGUUUGUGGCCCAAAAUCAGAUCCUUCAUUUGGUGUCCUUGGCGAACACACAGGAGAAUCUGUCAGUGCCUGGGUCCAACAUUUUAACACCUUGGCUUCAGUUUACAGCAAGGAACAAUGGGCAUGCUUGACUGCUAGGAACAUUCCAGAUCAGCAGGCUGUAAAUGUUGUUUCAGUUCCAUCAGAAACAGACACUGAAAAUGAAACUGGAGUAUCCUCCCACUUCCAAAUGCCUCCUUGCACUCUCUCCUUGAAAGCAGAUGCUCAAAUUCAGCCAAAUGAGUUUGAGAACACUUGGAUGAAGGUAGAAGCAACACAAAUCCUAACACUAGAAUGGCAAGGAGAGGUUAACAAAGAGGCCAUGCAGACUGCACUUCAACUGGUGAAUAUCCACACCAUUGCAGUGAGCAAGAUGGGCACUAAACCAUGGAAAGCUUAUUUGUAUGGAGUAGAUGACAGUCAGACUGUAUUUUUAGCUGAACUACUACAGUGCAAUGACAAUACAGGAAUAACAGUUACAGUGAAACAGAGCAGUGGACAAAAAGACUUGUUGGAUUAUUUUCUUUCAGUUUUGGAAACUGUCAUCAAGACUGUUAGAGAUUUAGGACCCUGUAACCAGUAGUUUGUGUUACAGAAUUUUCAAAAUCACAUCUUCACUCUUGCUGCCUUAAGAGUUCUUGUGGGAACUGACAAUGACCAGAUCAGACCUACGCCAAAAGACUGUGUUCAAUGAAAUGAUGAAAUAUGGUGUUGGUUAUUUUGGCAUACACUGGACAUUCAUUUGUGGGUCUAAAUAUAUUUUUGAAGUUGCAUCAUAACAUUUUGCAGUAAUACAGUUAAGUGCUAAUGUAUUCCCAUUCAGUAUGAGUACCAGAACCAUUGAAGAUGGACUAUAUAGUUUAUUACAAAGCUAUAAUGUUGCACUUUAUUAUGGUGGUUAAGUUUUUGUACUACGAAAUUUUCCUCUGUUGUUCCAUUUAGCCUAAGGUAGUGCUACGUUAAUGUAAGUCUUAUUUUUGAUAAUAGUAUGAUGUUCUUUGUGUUUCACUGUUGCAGUCCUGACUUGUAAUAUUUCCCACUGUAGAAGCCCUUGGCCGGCCUGACUACUAGAUUAAGAAUUUUCCAUCCUCAGACAACUGGCAGACUCCUUAACCUGACGUCAGUAUGCUGGAGUGUAAGUGGAGUCUGCUGACAUCAUGACCUCAGUUCUUUCUUGCCGUCAGAGCCCAAAGCAGACAUCCAGUAUGUGUGUCAGUUGGUCUAUACCAAAGAAAAACUUCAGAAAACUAGGGUCCCCAUUAGGGAACUCUUUCUUUUUUGCUAAGUAAUGUAAGAGAAAGUUAAUUAUCUCCUUUGUGGUAAACAAAUCCCACACACAGACUUCCACUCUUUCUGUGAUACCUGUUUGGGUCCAGACCACAACAUCCCUGAUUGUUGUUUCUGUGCCCAACAGGGCAUACAUUUUAGAUAAGUUCGUUAGCAGGUACUUGGGUUCUUCAUGAGGUAUAGUGUCCAUUAGUCGUUCCAAUGUUGAUCUUCCUAAAUACAAACAUCCCAAACUCAGGCCUUCUCAAGACAUCCAUUUGGCAUCUGCUUGCCCUCCAAGGCUGGUUAUUGCCGAAGUCGGUGAGGUGCUUUCACAGCCCCCUCCCACAAAUGAGGUGGUGGAGAAGGCCUCUAUUAAGUCCCAUUCGGAGUCCAAUAUGCUAACAGGCCCCUCAACAUCAGCACAAGUCUUGGAUUUAUAUUUGUAGGUUGGGUCCGGGACCACUUUGCAGGCCUCUGCUUCUGACAACCAGAGCACUACCACUACAAUUCCAAGGUGCAUGGGCUUCUGUGCUUCUGACGUCCCCAGGCCUAAACAAAGGACUGUUCCCAGGAAGCCAUUUUCUUUCAAUUCCAGGACUACCAACCCCCAGUGUCAGGCCUAUCCACAGGAUUUGCUUAGAUUAGCAGAGGAUCUUAUUUUAAUAGUUAGGGGCAGACAUCCUGCCCAUGAACCGCUCUCAGGAAAAAGGAAACUAGAUCUAAUUCCAGAGGUUCUAACUGAUCCUUUUAAGUCAUUGGAGGACUCUGACCAAGAAGAUUCAGUUUUUGAAGAGGAUCUCUCUUUGGCAUCUUUUGAUGAGUCUGAUUCAGAGGAAACUAUACCUUUUGCCUCCCCUCCUGAAGAUCUAACCUUUGGGGAAACUUUGCACUCCCUGGGGGAUCAUUUUCAUUGGAAAGAGCAGGACUACCCUUAGUCUAAGAAAAGAGUCAAAGAAUUUCUCAACCUCCAGGAACAUAAACCCCUUGCUGUUACUCUAGUUGUGGAGUUGGUUGAUGAUGUUUUCCAGGAAUCCUCUUUGAAGCCAGAUUCCCUUCCUCCUGCACCCAGGAAAUCUGACAGAAUCUACAGGCUUAUGGAGUCACAUAAUCACCUUUUUAAAAACCCUUCAGCUGAACCAGAGGUUGUUGUUCCGGACCCAAAUGUGCCAGAGCCAGCAUAUCCAGAAACCCCCUACACAUUGAUAAAGAAGGCAGAGCCCUUGAUAGAUUUGGUGGAAAGGUAUACACUUCUGCCACUCCAUCUAUGAGGGCAUUAAACAGCCAGUUCCACAUAAUGAAAUGUCAAGAAACUGUACUGGAACAGAUGAGAUAGAAGCUUCUGGCCACUGAAAAUAACAGCUUAUCUAAAGAAUUACUGGACAUUUGCAAUUCCACUUCACAAGUAGCCAGGCAUUCUUUGCACUGUGGGUUUGGUACUUUGGAGGCUGCCAGCAGGGCCACAGCCAUUGCAUCUGUCAUUAGGAGGCCCUCAUAGUUAAGGGAACAAGCCCCCCCAGAAGUAUGUUAAAGCCAUUCUUUUGGAUGAUCCCUUGCAUAAGGAGUUCCUCUUCAGCCCUAAAGCAAAAGUUGUGCACAAAAAAUGGAGGCAAAGCUAAGUCAACGCAGACAGUCAAAGAUUUUUCACAGGUACAGCCCACACGUUUCAGUAGAAACUAUCCCACAAAACACUGAUGCUUCUCUUCCCUUCCCAUCCCAAAGCAGGUCAGAGAGAGGCCCACAGAGAAGGGGACCAGGUCAGUGCCAAAGACUUGGGCAAGGGCACUCUAGUUCCUCAAGACCAGGGGCUUCCACUUCACCGAUCCCUAGUAGGGAGCAAUUGUGACCCUUUCAUGGUUACACUCCCUUCCCUCCCUUCUCCCCCUCCCAACCUCUUCUCAGACUUGCAGGAAACCAGGCACUGUUCAGAGAAAAUUAGCCUCUCAUCAAUUCAGAUCAAUGGGUAUUAAAUACCAUUUCCAGGAGAUCUCAGCUCAAAUUCAUACCCCUCCCCCCCAGACAUUCAGCCUUCCCAGGUAUACCAGCCUCCCAAAAAGCAGAGUUACAGUGCUAAGUGGAAGCAGUCCCUCUGCAUCAAAUAGGAAGAGGCUUUUACUCACGACUGUUCCUGGUCCCAAGAAAAGAGGACCUAUUGUAUUAUAUUCUGUACCUGUCUACCCUCAUCUUAUUCCUGGAUGUUCCCAAAUUCAGGAUUCUGACCCUUCAGUAACUCUUGUCCAUGUUUUCCCCAAAGGCUUGUAUGGGGACUCUAGAUCUAAAGCAUGCUUACUUGUAUAUUCCCUUAGAAGAAUCAAGCAGAGGAUUACUGAGCAUCAAAACAAGUUACAAACAUUUUCAGUUUUGUGCUUUGCCCCUUUGACUCGUCUAAUGUUCCCAGAGUAUUCACAAAACGCUUAACUCCGCUCAUUGCCUACUGCUGAAAACAAGGGGUAGAAAUUUACUGCUAUCUGGACAAUUGCCUCAUCCAGUCUAAAGCCUGGCACCACUCAGAACAGACUUGAUGUUCACCCAGACCAUGUUUACUUUCAUGGGAUUCACUGUAAAUCACCAAAAAUCCGAAAAAACUACUCCCAACCAGAAUACUGUUCUUGGGGGCCCUACUAGACUCUACCCUUCAAAAGGCCUUCUUGACUCCAGACAAGGUAUCCUUCCUGACCAGUAACUUUAAAAAAAUAUGGACAACAAUAUUCUUACAACUAGAGAGUUUAAUUGGGCACUGGGUUACAUGGUCUCUUUAAUUCUCAUGAUUCCCUUCGCCAGACUACUCACGAGGGAGUUAAAAUGGUACUUCAAAAAUGUGUGGAGCCAGCAUGCACAACCACUAUCUACCAAGAUGAGGCUGACACCUGACUUAAAGGCAAACUUGCAUGGUGGACCAAGGCCUGCACUGUAAACCCAGGCUUACCAUUCAUCUUUGCAACAAACUCCACCACAGAUGCCUCAGAGACAGCUUGAGAAGCACUCAUUGAAAAUGGGAAUGCAGUUGUAAAGACAAACACAUAAACUUGAAUGAACUAGUGGCAGCACAAAGGGCUUUACUAGCAUUUAGAGAGAAAUUGAAUCCAGGGGUGCUAGUCAUGGAUACAGACAGUACCACAGUCAUGUGGUACAAAAACAAGGGGAAACCCAUUUCAACCCUCUUUUCCACUUGGCAAUGGGAGUGGGGAACGCAGCUGACUAAAUGGAGAGUGCACCUAUUUGCUCAAUACCUCCCAGCUGUGUACAUUUAACUGGAACACCAACUCAGCAGAAGCCUGUAGACCCCCAGUUGCAUCAGGAGAUCAUUGUCCGCAUAGCUGAAAAAUAAGGGACCCCCACAGAUGGACCUCUUCACCACCAGGGAGAACACACAAUUGAAAAAGUUUUUCUUCCAGGAACAAGACUUUCAGCAUGGAAAACAGAUGCUUUCUCAUUCGCAUGGACAGGCCUAUUCAUCUGUGCCUUCCCACAAAUGCCCCUACUCCCAAGCGUUCUCCAGACAAUCAGAGAAGAGUGCCCAAGGGUCAUACUUACAGCUCCAGAUUGACCAAGGCAACACUGCUAACGUCUUCUUCUUAACAUAACCAGAACAAUCCUUGGGUAUUACCAACAGUCCUUGGGUAUUACCACAGAGUCUAGACCUUCUAACUCAGAACAAGGGACAUAUCAUACACCCUAACCUGCAAACCUACAAUCUAUCAGCUUGGAGGAUACCUUAACCUCAGGGGGGGGGGGUCUCAACCUACAUACACAGGUGCAGGACAUCCUAAGAAAAAUCCAGAAGGUCUAGCACCAGGAAGCCCUAUGCAGGAAAAUAGAACAGUUUUUCAAUUUGGUGUGAACAGCGUAAUCAGGACACCAUCAGGGCCAAGAUCCCAGUCAUCUUGUCCUGUCUGGCAGAUCUCUUUGCCAAAGGCCUUUCUUACUCAUCGUUAAAGAUUCAUACUUCGGCUAUCUCACCCUGCUUUUCUGCCCACACCCCUAUCCUUUCUCAUCCGCUGGUCACACAGUUAUCAGACCUGCCAGGACACCUCAUACACUAUCAUGCAUCUAAUCUUUGUUCUAGAAAGGCUUACACUUCCUCCUUUUGAACCAGCCUCUCUUUCAGACUUAAAAUUCCUGACAUGGAAGACUGCAUUCUGACUAGCUAUCACUUCAGUAGGAGAGUUUCAGAAAUCCAGGCUCUCAUGACAGUGGAACCCUUUCUCAUCUUCCAUCCUGAGUCUCUCAAUGAGGACUAAUCUUUCUCUAUGCCCAAGGUGGUGACUGACACCUCUUUAAAUCAAGCAAUUAAUCCGACUAUCUUCUUUCCAAACCCACAAAAUAGGGGGCCAGCUACAUUACAAUCUGGACAGAACAAAGCCAGGAAAUCUGACCAGCUGUUUUGUAACCAUUGCUAUAGCAGCACUGAAGUAAAACCCCUCUGCAAGCAGACCAUUUCCAAACGGAUCUCUCACUAUAUCACUUUUUGUUACAGUCAUCAUGAAAGAAACACAACUGAGGCUGUAAGGGCCCAUUCCACUUGGGCAACUAGGUCUUCUACUGCCUUCCUGAAGUGAGUACCUACCAAUGACUACUGGAGGUUGCCAAUUGGUCUUCAGUGCACACUUUCACUAUACACUACCACUAUCAGCCUUCUCCUAGUGCAGGGCAGGGUUUACCUCUGUUACCUCACAAAACAUCCUCUCCUCUCCUUAAUUUACUAUCCUCCCCUCUUUUCAGCUUUUUGGAAUAACACAAGUCAGGACUGCAACAGUGAAACACGAAGAACAGAGUGCAGAUAUGUACACUUACCACAGAUGUAGAUGUUCAAGUGUAUUCACUGUUGCAGCCCUAUUUCCCCUCCCUCCUUCCCCUCUGGCCUACAAGGGUAGGCUUCUAUUAUUUCAUAUUUACCUAGCACUCCUGCUCUUGACUCUUGCCUACCUUUAAAUGUCCCUGCCCUAGGCAUCUGACCUUCUGCUCCUGUUUGGGGGCCCCUAACUCCUAGAGGCAAGAAAAUAACUGAGGUCAUGACGUCGGUGGACUCCACUUAUACCCCAGCAUACUGCUGUCAGGUUAAGGCGUCUGCCAGUUGUAGGAGGAGGAAAAAUUCAUACUCUGCUAGUUGGGCCGGCAAGGGCUUCCACAGAGGGAAAUCCCAGAAGUCAGGACUGCAACAGUGAAUAUGCUCCAACAUCUACAUUUUGGUAAGUGUACACAACUGUACUAUCCCAUCUUGUCUUUACCAUCUAUCUCAACCUGUGGGUUAUCAGAUCUGACUCUGAUCUGAUACCGGCGCCUUCAGAAUAUUAAGUCAUGGCGCCUAGUCUUCCCAUAACUUCCUAUUCUAACUGUCUCAUCCCAUAUGUCAUUUGCUGUCAUCUCCAUCAGAUAGUGACGCGAGAGCUCUGCAAAUUGGCUUAUCUGCUAGUUUGGAUUUUGCCUCCUCUGCCAUUUCUUAGCAGAGUUUUCUGUAUUUUUUUCUCUGCAGUACUUUUUUAUAUAGAUAUUCUUUUUGUUAGAGUGUAGUGUGCUAGGGUUGUAGUGUUUUACCAUGUCAGGUUAGGUAGUUAGCCUUUUAGGUAUGGUUCUUUAUUUAUAAGUCUAUUUACUGUUUGGGCGUGGCACACUUAGAUUUUGAGUGCCAGGUCUGCACCUCGCUUGGUGCUGGAGCCAUGACUGAAAGGAGGUAAGAUUAGUUAUAAAGGGCUUUCUCCAGUCUUCAGCUGCUGCUUCUGCUUCUCCCAUAAAAAAACAAUAAAGAGGAGAAGCGAGAAGUCUAAAGAGAAAGAGUUGACCAGAUCCAAAACUAAGGAUAAUGAAGAGUGCAAAUGCUCUUCCUCUUCUACUGAUGACUGCCUGGAUCCAAAGGUUCACAGACCUUCGGCAACUCUGGCUUCCUCUCCAACAAAACCUUUGGUGCCUCCUUGGCCCCAUUCCCCUGUCAUUGUGGUCCUGCAAUUCCCUGAUCCUUAGUAUUCCCAGCCUCUUCCUCUUCCAAGAUCCUUCCUCUUCUUCUGGCAGUGUUCAGUCCCUCUUCUGCCUGAUCACCUCUUUGGAAUUUUUUUAUAGGACUCUGUCCUUCUACCACCUGGAUCCAAACUUCACUCUUCAGGAUCUGAAUCUCAGAUCCAACAGCUAAGAAAUUGUAUAAGCCACCUUCUGUAGCUUCUGCUAGGUCAGUUUGGAGCUGAUACAUUCCUUUCUUCAAACCCAAAUGGACCUAGGGAUCAUUUUCUGCCCCAAGGCCAAAGUCUGUGGCUCCUUUGAUUCCAAGUCUUGUGGUUCCUCAUCUGGUACUCCUGGUUUUGGGGAUGCCAGGUUCGAGAGUCCAGCUGCCCUUCCACCUUUCAGUACCAACAGCUUGGCUGCAUUCACCGUAGACUUCAUCCUUGGUGUUCUUGACUCCAGCCUUGUCAAAGCCAGGUGCAUCUCUGAGCUGAGGGAUUCAUGCCUGCACUUUGGGUUGGGGGUUGACCUUCUGAGUUUUGGAGUCAUCCCUUCCCCUGAUUGCUUCAGCCCUGCAUACCUCUGCACCAAUCUAAACUUUGGAGCUAGCCAAGUAAACACUGAGCACUGGUUUCUCACUCAGGUCCUAUGAACCAUGGGAUGCUGAGUCUGGUCAUCCUGCUUCAGUCUCAUCUUUUAAUGUUGCAAAGAGGAUCCUCUCCUAAUCAGAGAUGGGAGCCUCAGCAACUGUUUCUGAUCUGUCCUGAACCCUUGCCCAUUGUGCAUCCUUUGUUACACAUCAGGUGGCUCCAGGGCAGCCUGCAUCACUAGGUCUUGAGGCUUCCCUGCAUUCAAUGUCCCCUACCUCUUGUGUCUCCUCCUGCUUAUCCCCCCAGAGUGGUAAAUGUGAAGAGUACGUACAAGAGGAAAUGCAAGAGGAACCACUUGGAUUCUCUUGGGGAGUCUCUCACUAAGGAUAACCUUGAUGAAGGGUAUGACUCCCCCAAAUCCGCCCAACAAAAACUCCUCCUUUGGCAGUUUGAUUGAAUUAUAGAAACAGUAUGGAGGGUGAAUCUGUGAAGCCCCUUCCACAGAGCAGUCUUUUUUUUUUCUUUCUUGAGGCUUUCAGAAUUGGCCCAUCCACAUGCUUGGAUGGUCCCCCUCCAGAUGCCCUUGUGUACCUGGUUUCUUGGCGGACCUGGAGAGAACCUGAUGUGGUGGAACCUAAUGCCAGCAAACCCAACAAAGUUUUGGUUCCCCCUCACCAAAACACAGGCCUCACUGGAAAAAGAGUUAAUUUGUGAAUGCUAUUGUGCUUGCAGCAUCCACAAAGAAGUGCAUCUUGAAAGAGAGUACCUUUGUCCAUCCCCUCAGCUGAUGGUCUCAGGCGUUUGAUCAUUUCAACUGCACAGUGAUGCAACGGUAGCAUUGUUGCCUCACAGCAGGGUGCCUUCUGUGCAGGGUCUGCAUGUCCUGCCUGUGUU